AAAAACAAAUUCAUGAAAAUUUGAAAUUAUCACUAGAUAAUGAUGCGUGAUAGCACAUAUAAAUCGUAGUUCCGACCUAAUCUCAGAAGUUGCUUCGAAACAAGCGAGUAACAAUGUUGGCCAAGUGUGCUUUGGCUGCCAUCUUCGUGCUCCAGGUAUGCUGGGCCAUCCCGUACGACCUGACACCACGUAUCACUGAUGGUGUAGACGCCACGCCUGGUGAAUUCCCUUACCAAGUAUCCAUACAGUGGGGAAUUCCACAGAUAAUUAAACACAGCCACAUCUGCGGUGGUUCUAUCUUAAAUGAAUGGUACAUCCUAACCGCUGGACACUGUAUCCAGAAGAUUGGAGAACUGAGGGUUAUAGCUGGCAAAUACUACCUGCAGAAGAACGAGAACACAGAACAAACUAUCAACGUUGCCAAGACUAUCGUCCACGCUGGCUACCCAGGAGGUGUUGCCCAACACGACAUCGCCCUUUUGAAAUUGGAGAAACCCCUGAAGUUCAACAGCAACGUAAAGCCCAUCCACCUGCCCGCUCAAGGACAAAAUCAAGGGGGACAAGCUAUUCUUAGCGGAUGGGGUUCAACACAAAAAAGCAUCCGCCCUACCGUUCUACCAAACAAACUCCAGAAAGCUGUUGUUCCAAUCCUGAGCAACGAAGAAUGUUUAAAGGAACUGAAAUCCAAGCCAACCGUUGGCAAACAACCUGAACUCUUCAGCACUCAAGUCUGCAGUGGCACUUCUGGCAAGGAAGUGUCUGCCUGCUCCGGUGACUCUGGUGGCCCACUCGCCCAAGGCAAUGGAGCUGAAGCUGUCCAAGUUGGUAUUGCCUCAUGGGUGAUGAUGCCAUGUGGAUCUACACGCAUGCCCUCUGUAUACACCCGUGUCGCCUCCUACGUUCACUGGAUCUACUGGUACAUUGAUGAGCUACCAAGCACUCCGGUUCCAAUACCCCAAGUGACUCCUCCGACUGGUUCGGCUACCACAGUUACAAUUUCUUUCCUGAACAAAUUCGCUAUCACUUGUAUUGCGGUAAUACUUACCACAGUGCGUUUGGCUGCUUUAGAUGGUUAUGGGGUAAAUGCGAAGGUGUCAACCCGAAUCGUAAUUUUGGAUACCAUUGGGCUGAAGUGGAGGAGGGAGGGACGAGUUUGGACCGUUGCCAUGAAGGCGAUGGCCGAGUACAUCCUGGCCAACAAAGAGAAGAUUAGGAUGUACUUAACAUUGCACUCCUAUUCGCAAAUGUGGCUGGUGCCAUGGGGAUACACGUACUCGAAACCCUCCGACUAUUCCGAAUUAGUGAGUGCAGCGAAAAAAGCUAUCGGUGAAAAUUUCGGAGUUUGCUGGGCCAUCCCCUACGACCUGACACCACGUAUCACCGAUGGUGUCGACGCCACGCCUGGUGAAUUCCCUUACCAAGUAUCCAUACAAUGGGGAGUCCCACCCCUUACUAAAUACAGUCACAGCUGCGGUGGUUCUAUCUUAAAUGAAUGGUACAUCCUGACCGCUGGACACUGUAUCCUGAAGAUUGGAAAACUGAGGAUUACAGCUGGCAAAUAUUACCUGCAAAAGAACGAGAACACUGAACAGACUAUCAACGUUGCCAAGACUAUCGUCCACAGUCAAUACCCAGGAGGUGUUGCCCAACACGACAUCGCCCUUUUGAAAUUGGAGAAACCCCUGAAGUUCAACAGCAACGUAAAGCCCAUCCACCUGCCCGCUCAAGGACAAAAUCAAGGUGGACAAGCUAUUCUUAGCGGAUGGGGUUCAACAUCCAAGAGCACCCGCCCUGUUCUACCAGACAAACUUCAGAAAGCUGUUGUUCCAAUCCUGAGCAACGAAGAAUGCUUGAAGGAACUGAAAUCCCAGCCAACCGUUGGCAAACAACCUGAACUCUUCAGCACUCAAGUCUGCAGUGGCACUUCUGGCAAGGAAGUGUCUGCCUGCUCCGGUGACUCUGGUGGCCCACUCGCCCAAGGCAAUGGAGCUGCAGCUGUCCAAGUUGGUAUUGUCUCAUGGGGAAUGAUGCCAUGUGGAUCUAGCCACAUGCCCUCUGUAUACACCCGUGUCGCCUCAUACGUUGACUGGAUCCACCAGAACAUGCACUGACAACCUAGCACGCACUCUUCAGCUACUACAAUUACAAUUUCUUUCCUGAAAAAAUUCGCUAUCACUUGUACUGCAGUAAUACUUACCGCAGUACAUUUGUGACAAGUUGAUAGAAAAAUAGAAUACAACAAAUAAAGAAGCAAUAAUAAUAA